CAACAAAAUGUAUUUCAACAUUUCAAUUACCAAAUUAAUUGACUAAUUAGCUAAUUAACUUCUAUUAAUAGGAUGAGGUGUGUAGUGUUGUUGUAUUUGUUACCAGCAGUCCUCUCCAUCAGCUUCAAACUACCAGCGGAGGGUUCGCGAUGUAUAAAAGAAGAAGCACACAAGGACGUUUUGGUAGUUGGGGAAUUUACUGUAGAGAGCAUUCCUGAGAGCCAUGAAGUUGAUAUUCUGGUAAAAGACACGAAAGACCAAACACUUUUCUCGAAGGAAAAAGCAGAUACAGGGAAGUUUGCCUUUACUUUGGACGACUACGAUAUGUUUAGUAUUUGCUUCCACGCUAAGAGGGUUGAUAAUGCAGUUAGAGUGCCACCAGGAGAGGACUUGUCUGUUAAACUAACUGUUAAACGAGGAAUCGAGGCUAAAUCUUAUAACGACCUUGCUAAAGCCGAAAAGCUGAAGCCCAUGGAACUAGAACUGAAGAAACUUGAGGAUCUGGCAGAGGCAAUCGUCAGCGACUUUGCUUACAUGAAGUCCAGAGAAAAGUUAAUGAGGGACACAAACGAGUCAACUAACAGUCGGGUGCUGUGGUUCAGUAUUUUCUCUAUGGCAGUGCUCCUUGGCCUGGCCCUGUGGCAGGUCUUCUACCUGAAGCGAUUCUUCAAAGCCAAGAAACUUAUAGAAUAAACUGCGUCUUCUUCCUCAGAACAUUUAUAUUAUAUUUUGAAGUUUUUACGAUCUAUUUAUUUUGAUGGUAGACCAUUUGAGUAUCACGUUAAAACUUAUAAUAUACGUAAUUGUGAUUGUAUGUAAUUUACAGUGAGGUUCGCGAAAUUGUAUCGAUUGCAUGAGCUGGUCUUGGGGUUUGGUUUCUGGUGGGAAGGCAAACCAUAUUUUUUGGGUCAUGUAACAGUGAUUAGCAAAUCAGCUUCCAGCAUUGACCAAUCAAGGCCCGAGUUCAAAAAAUAUGGUUCACCUCUCAACUAGUAUCCAGAUAUAGGGUUUCAUAUAAAAACUGGUACAGUAAAAUCCUGAUUUACUAACCCCGAUUACCGCGGCCAUUUCCUUUCCCCAAAUAGGGCUUAUCGUGCAUAAGGUGAACAAACUGAACCCCGAUCCACCAAGGUUAUGUCUUUUUCCUCAAACUCCACGGUAAAUCGCGGUUUUACUGUACUUAUAAGUAAAUAUAAAUAUAUUAAGGAUAGGCCAAGGUUUCGUUUUUCUGGGGACCUUUUUUUCUUAAAAUGUUCACAUGAUCCAAUAUUUGAAGUAACUUUUAUUCCGCAAUUUGAGUUUGGUUUAUUUUACAUGGCGUAGGUAAUUUAUAGGAUCAUCAUUGACACGAUUAAUGUGUGCCAUGGAGGGGUUAUCAUCUAAUUAGAUUUAAUUAAUUAAUGAUUUAAUUAUGGCACACGUAAUAUGGUAAAAAUCGGCUGUCGUCUGCUGUCUAAAAUUAUCUUUAUUUUUCUUUUUUUUGUAAAAUUCAGUCCAACAACUCCGAGGAGUUAUCCAAGAAGCAUCUAAAUUUCAACAUGUGCGACGGGACAACAUCAUAAACAUCAGAUUAAUGUCCUGCUAAGUUAUUAAAUUCUUUUAACUAAAUAAGAUUUCUCAAUUGUUGAAAACAGAUGAUCUUAAUUUGCAUAGGUUACAAGUUUAAGUAAUGUAUUGUUUCUUAUAAUAAAUUUUCUUUUGUGGACCGGUUUAAA